GAUCCCCCGGCCCGUACAUAAAGGUUGAAACCGGUGAGUCCGGUCAAAGCAGUCAUAUCUUGUUCUUGUUCUAGAGACCUAUAUUCAUUCUUCGCCCUCCAUUCUUGGUUUGCGAUGUAAGAGAAGGCGGACUACCAGGACCUUCCCGAGGCGAUUUCAAGUUUCUUACCAUCACGUAGCACAAUACCGGCGACACCAGCAUUGGAUCGACAAUCGCCCGCUAUGCCAAUGCCCGGCUACGGCCUCAUGAUGAUGAUUACUGUCACGAAUCAGCUUGGGCGAAGGAAGGGCAACUACAUCAGUGUCAUGAUCAGUGGUCAAUGCACAUCAAUGAGUUCGUUCGUUAUCAGGAAUACGUCUGAUCCCUUAUUCGUAUCCCGGAGUUCCAACACGGAUCGCUAGAACCUUUACGGCCAACUUUCUUCACGCUUUCUUCCCUUCUCACGUGGGUCAUUCAAAAGUACCCCAAGGACGAUCUCGUGCUUUAUUCAACACUGUUACACCAAUAUGCUCACCACGCCUCUACAUGUACUCGCAAACACUGCGUCCGAAAAGCCAGAUGCCCUUGCCUUCAAAGUUCCCAUCAUCGACCCCGAAACAGAUCAAAUAGCCGACUGGAAGUCAAUCACAUAUUCCGAGUUUGCGUCGGAUGUGCUACGGCUCGCUACAGAGUGGUUAAGAGUUUUUCGGAGGGAUGGGAUACCUCAGGGGGCGGUAGUAGCAAUUUGCCUGGGAGGAUACGAAUAUCUCGAUGCAGUCCAUGUUUUUAGCAUCCAAAGAGCUGGAUACGUUCCCCACACAUUCAGCCGACUACCUGGCAUCGAAGUAAUCAAAGAUCUUCUGAAAGAGUCACAUACCAAGGCACUCGUUCGUUCUUCCCAAUUCAAAGACAUUUUGGCGAGCGUUCAAGACAUCCCGGUAUAUGACCCAUCGACUUCGCUGGCCUCUGGAGAUGUUGAGUCGACACCGAAACUGCCUCCGUUAGGGAGGCCGACGAAUCCCAACGACCUGAGUAUCAUCGCCCAUACAAGCGGAUCGACGUCAGGCAGACCGAAGCUAGUUCGAGCUACUCAUCGUUGGAUAAACGGCGUGAUUCAGAAGGCGCACAUUCCCAGACCGCCAGGAUCUUCAUCAGGUCCAGCUACUGCUAACUGGAUGGGUAAUGUCUGCCACUCAGCUCAGUAUGUGACGACGGUCGGUCAGAUCUUGCGUGGAAGAUGUACAGUUCAAGCGCGAAAACCAGGCGACCUUGACGAGAUUAUCGACCAACUCAAACGAGCCUCCUUGACCCAACUCUACCUCUUUUCCCCCUUCAUUGUUAAACUAUUACAGAGAGCAAGGUCGGACCCAGAUCUUUUGGCUCUCCUUUCCGGCUUGGAAUGUAUCUUUGCUACGGGCGCUGUCUUCCCCAAGUCCGAAGAGGCCUAUGUGGUUCAGAACAAUAUCAACGUAGUGGGACUGUUUGGAUCAACUGAGACUAGCCUCAAUCUCAUGACCAGUGGCACCCGAAACGAUCCCACGGGAGUAUUCCAUGUCGUUGAUCUUCCUGGCGUGUCGUACCAGUUUGAUCCAAUUUCGCCAGAGGCGAGAGGUCAACCACAGCUGCUCGAGCUAGUCGUUCGAUCGGACUCGAUGGAUUGUCCGGGACCUGAACUUUGUCGGGCAGAUGAUGGCCAUUUCCAUACUGGCGAUUUAUGGGAAAAGGUCGAGAGAGGUUAUCUUUAUCGUGGAAGGGAUGAUGACUGGAUCAAGACUGAGUCUGCGCUGAGAUGUGAUACAAAAGCUAUCGAACAACAUGUGAGGCUCACAUGUGGCGAUCUGAUAUCCGAAUGUGUUGUCGUAGGAUAUGGACGACCGUCUCCUGCACUCUUUAUCGAACCGAGUCCUCGAGCGAUAGAUGUUUCAGAAGGUGAUCUCAAGCGUCUCGUCCUCGAGCGGAUUGAGUCGUUCAAUUCUCAGCGGAUUGCUCAUGAACGAAUAGUGUCGGCUAACCUAGUUGUGGUUGUACCACGAGACACCCUACCCAGGACGGAAACUAAGGGUAAUGUUCGUAGGAAAGCUGUAGAGGAUAUGUUUGAGAGAGAACUGGACUUGAUUUAUGGUGGGUUAUAGAAAUCGGGCGUUUGAGGACGGAGUACAUCUGGGGGAUGAUAAUUUAAUUUCUACCUAUCGUGAAAGUGUAGUAGACAAUGCCUCUCUUUGAGAGAAUUCUGGAAAUCCUCAGAGUUCAAAGAUA